CCACCACAGUACCAUCAAAUGCAAUUGCAAACUUUUCUUCCUUAGUGGGCCUCAUGAUCCGCACAUCUCUAUAUAUGCAUCACACUUUACUCCCAAACCCACAAACUCUUUUCUCCUAUUUCACUUGCAAAAAUUUCAGAAUUCAAUGGGAAGUUACAAGUUUAGAUUAUCAGAUAUGAUACCAAAUGCCUGGUUUUACAAGCUCAAGGACAUGAGCAAAACCAGAAACCAGAAAAGCCACCGUGGCACAGCCGCAGCACCACGACCUAUGUCGCCCAAACGAAGACAGCCGCCGACGCCGGACCCAUCUGACCAAAGAAAAUCCUACCAUUUUACAAGAGACCUCAAAUUACACGGUAAUUCUCCAACCAAAUAUACUGCAGUGAAUUAUUCAGAACCACCGAGAGUAUCAUCAUCCAAGAAGAGACGUAGCACGAAGAAAAACAGAGUUUCAGCCGGUUACACCUGCCGGGUCACUCUUGAACCCUACCGGAACCCGCCCGAUUCUACAUCGGAAGAGUUUCGGGAUUCAACUUCCUGCAAAUGCAAAUUUCAAAAUGAUAUCAUAAUUGAUCUUGAUGAAAAGCCAUUCCAUGCAAAAUCUGAAGUCGAUCUCCCUCCGAUCAUCACCAAACUCAGUGACACUGACAAUCACAUUAAAAUUUCAGAGAAAUUUGAAGAAAGAAAUGCAUAUGAAUCCCUGUCAGUGAUGAAGACCGUGAAAGAUGACACUUUAAGCACUGAUUCCAAUUCCAAACAACAAAGAACAACUUCUUUCAGAAAAUCUACAGUGCAUUCUCCGGGCAUGAAAAUCCGGCACCGGAAUUCUCCUAGAAUAGGAAGAACUAAUUUUCCCGGACGGAAAAGUGUGUCAUCAUCUUCAAGUUCAAGCUCAUGGAAAAGUGCAUCGGAGAAUUUCGCAGUUGUGAAAUCAUCACAGGAUCCACAGAGGGAUUUUAGAGAAUCAAUGGUGGAGAUGAUUGUAGAGAAUAAAAUCAGAGCAUCAAAGGAUUUGGAAGAACUUCUUGCUUGUUAUCUGUCUUUGAAUUCUGAUGAAUAUCAUGAUCUGAUUAUCAAGGUGUUCAAACAAAUUUGGUUUGAUAUCAUUGCUGAUAUUCGUAUGAAGUAAUUUCAUUUAUUUCUUGUAA